AUGUUAGCAUUGAUUAAUCGCAUCCUGGAUUGGAUUAAAAGCUUGUUUUGGAAGGAGGAAAUGGAACUAACUCUAGUUGGUUUACAAUAUUCGGGAAAAACAACUUUUGUGAACGUCAUUGCCUCAGGGCAAUUUAGUGAAGAUAUGAUACCUACAGUCGGCUUCAAUAUGCGCAAAAUAACCAAAGGCAAUGUUACUAUUAAGGUAUGGGACAUUGGUGGACAGCCCAGAUUCCGCUCAAUGUGGGAGAGAUAUUGUAGGGGAGUGAAUGCUAUAGUUUACAUGGUUGAUGCCGCUGAUCCAGACAAGAUUGAAGCAUCACGUAAUGAAUUGCACAGUUUACUUGAGAAGCAACAACUGACUGGAAUUCCAGUUUUGGUACUUGGAAACAAGCGUGAUUUACCACAUGCUUUAGAUGAACAUGGCCUUAUUGAACGCAUGAAUCUCUCUGCAAUCCAAGAUCGUGAAAUCUGCUGUUACUCAAUCUCUUGUAAGGAGAAGGACAAUAUUGAUAUAACCCUACAAUGGCUGAUUGCACACAGUAAAUCUGGCAGUGCGCGUUAA